AUGAACUCUGCAGAGUAUGUGCUGUGUGGCUGGAAGGGUCAGCUGUGGCCUGCAAGGGUGUUGUCCAGACCCAGGACAUCAGCCCAUAGUAAGAGGAGAGGGGCACCUUUCCUGGAGGUGCAAAUCUUGCCUAUGGGGGAGAAGACAAGAGUGAGGAGCACCAAAGCAAGGCCACUAACCAAGUCUGAAAUUGUGAACCUUGCCUCCAUGGCAGGGCAGGAGUCACAGGGCAAUGGCUCACCAAAGCAGACCAGAGCAUACAGAAGAGCCCUCAAGGUGGCUCUCGAUAUCCUGGGGGAGGGAGGCUGUUUGCAAGGUGGAAGGAAAGGUGGCCAAAGAACCAGCACAAGAACAGCUCCUCAAAAGGUUCCAAAAGAGCAGGCCAACUCCAAACGACGUCCUCGCUUUCGGCUGCGUGUGCGCCUGUGCUUCCAAAAGCAAAACCAGAAAGGCCAAGAGCUCUCCCAGAGGAGUCCUGGAAAGCAGCGACAAUCCCUGUGUCCUGCGUUGCCAAUGGGCUCACAGAAAGUGCCCACAGUGAAAGGUGGAAAAGCCCAGGCACACACUGCUGUUGGGCCUCCACACUUUGAGAUGAAACAGAAUGUCCUAAGAGGCCUCAGAGUACGACUACGUCACCCAACGCCUGAAGGAAAUUCUGGUGGUAAUGCAUGGAGGAAAAAGCUGAAGACCUCCAAGCCCACAUCUUUGACUGCCCCGGCCUCCACACAGAGUGUCCAGGCUAAGAAAGAGCAGCAGGUUGCCUCUGGGUCACUGAGGUGCAUCUGGUCCUCGCCCAAAGCCCUCAAGCAACAAGCACGUUUUGCUGACAUACACACCCAGGCUACUGGAGUCCAAAGGAAGACUGCCAUCCCUGAGAACAAGGAGGACCAUGGCCCGGGCACCCUGAAACCAGCUGCAAACUGGGCAUCGGCAGCUUGCAUGCCUCCAGUCCAGAGGUUGCGAAGAUCUUUCCGCAUUGCUAGCAGGAAAAGGAAGAUCCAUGUGCUGAGUCCACAUUGUAGGGUGCCAGAACAGGAACCUUGUGCUCACUCAAAGGUGACUAAGACCAGGUUCAAGAACCGGGGUUCCAAUAUUCAAGAAGCAGGCCAAGCUGCCAAGGUGGCUUCUGCCCAGCAACAGAAUACCAUUGAACGAGGAAUGUUGGUCUGGUUCAAAUUUCAAGACCUUCCUUUCUGGCCAGCAGUGGUAAAGAGUGUCAGCCAAAAUGACAAGAUGGCGAGGGUGCUGUUGAUGGAAGCUAACAUGCAGUUUGAGCACAAGGGUGUCUGUGUCCCUCUCCAGAAGUUGAAACAUCUGGACUGUGGAGAAAAAAUAUCACUCAUAAGAAGAGCCAGCAGAGUGUACAGCCAGGGCAUCAGCUGGUGCCUCACAGUGAUCGACCACUACAGAGAGGGCCUGGCCAGUGGCGCCUACCUGGGCUCCUUUAUGGACUAUUAUACCGCCCAAGUCAGUUACCCGCUAAGGAGGGCCGUCCAGCAAGGAGACCUGCACAUUGAUUUCCCUAAGGUGAGCUAUGUAGACCUGGAAGAUUGGGAAGAGGAGACUGCCCCGGGUGGGAAAGGGCCCCUCAAGAAACUUCUGCCUGACCGUAUGAGGGCUGCUUGGGACAGAGCCAACCAGAAGCUCGUGGACUUCAUAGUGAAGAGAAAGGGGGCCGACCAGCACCUGCGGGAGAUUGUGCAGGGCAGAAAACCGUCCAGGUGGGUGGACAAUCUUUGGAAAUCAAGGGGGGAAGUCGUCUGUAUUGAGACCUACCUGGAGGAUGAUGACCAGUUGCAUCUUGUGGCCAGGCAUUUGCAAGAAAUAUGCAAGGAAGCAGAUGAGGCUCUGCUCUCCCUGACUAGAGGAGAUAAAGUGCGGUUUACCAUGGAGGUUCUUCUUCCAGAAGCAAUCAUCUGCUCCAUCGCUGCCCUGGAUGAGCUCAGCUACAAAGAAGCAGAAGAGAAGUACCUGCAUGGCCCACCAGUGCACUACCGUGAGAAAGAGCUCUUUGAAAAGAACCUCUUAAAGGCAGCCCGGAAGAGGUCAGCAGCCAGUACUUGGGCUGCCAGGGCCCCUCAUGCACCCAUUCCUUAG